UGCGCUGGUAGGUUAAACUGAGGAUCGUAUUUUUGUUCCUGUGUCAACGGGAAAAAAAGAAAAAGCACAGCAGCCAGUGAGACCGGGCUAAUAAGUUGUUAUCAAAGAUAUUCUUUUUUUCAAACCUGAACAGAAAAUCCCCCUCUCGCCUCUCACCAGCCAGGCACCCACCAACCGAGCAGAACUCAUUUUAAAGAUGAACUCCAAUGUGGAGAAUUUGCCGCCUCAUGUUCUUCGCUUGGUCUACAAAGAGAUCUCAGCCUUAGCAGCAGACCCGCCUGAGGGUAUUAAGAUUUAUCCCAGUGAAGAAGACAUAACUGAACUGCACACAGCCAUUGAAGGACCAGAGGGAACUCCAUUUGCUGGUGGCAUUUUCCGAAUGCGUCUGGUCCUUGGGAAGGACUUCCCUGCGGUUCCACCAAAGGGGUAUUUCCUGACCAAGAUUUUUCAUCCCAACGUUGGUCAUAAGGGAGAGAUCUGUGUCAACGUGUUGAAAAGAGACUGGAAGGCAGAACUUGGCCUCAGACACAUCUUACUUACAAUCAAGUGUCUUCUCAUCCAUCCAAACCCAGAAUCUGCUCUGAAUGAAGAGGCCGGGCGUUUGCUGUUAGAGGACUAUGCAGAGUACGAGUCCCGUGCUCGUCUGCUCACAGAAAUCCACGCCAUGGGUUGUCCCGGUGGGACGUCUGCGGUUCCUCAGGACCCUAACGACGGUCCACAGCCAAAGAAGCACGCAGGUGACCCCACAAAGAGAGCGGGACCUAGUGCGGCAGCUGUGCCAGCAGCUCUAGGUAACGGAGCUAACGGAGCCAGUACCACCACCAGCAACAGCAGUAGUAGCACUAAUAAUGUAGCAGGGAAGAAGAAAGCAGAUAAAAAGCGUGCAUUGAGGCGACUUUAAUACCUCAGCGAAAUUCUCAGUGUGUGUGUGUGUGUGUGUGUAUGUGUGCGCGUGUGUAAAUAUAAAUAUUGAAGUGUGCUGAUGAUGUUUCGAUUCCCCUUUUUUCUGACUCUUUCUACCACCGAUCCAGACGAUCCACUUUGUACUCAUACCUUUCACUUUGUUCGUCCUGUUUGCAUUUGUUAGGUGCAGGCAGGUUUGUUGAUUAUUACCAUACCUAUAGACACAAUGAAAACAAAGUGUGGACUUUUUCAAGGAAAAACAUGCCGUCAUUUGUAUCUCCUCCUCGGCCGUCUGAUGUAUGAAUGACAUGGGGAAUGGUUUUCACCGUGUACAACAUGGCCUCUAACGUCCCCCCAUCAAUGGAACAAAACCGAUGCCUCAAACUUCAUAGAAGCUCUUUUUAAAGUGUUUCCUGGUGAAUGCUGCUGUGAUGGUACUGUGUACUGCUCAGCACUGUUGAGUCUAAACCAAGAUGCUACUUUAAGUCAGGUUUUCAAUUUGAGCUCAACAGAAAUGAUUCAAUAAGAUGUUAAACAAUAAUAAUGCAAGAAGUCAAAAAUGAGAGACAAAUGUUGUUAGUGUAACUGGUAACAUUUUAAAGUUGAAAUUUUCAUAGGUGAAUGAAGAAACGUUAUCGAAAGAGUUUGCAGCAGAGUGAAGGAAAUCUGUUGUGUUCUUCAUGGAGUCUCAGCCCUCUUUAAUUUUUUAUUUUAUUUCUCUAAAAUCGUUUUCGCUGUCUGAUAUUUUCAAAAGUUGUUUAUAAUUGACAUUGUUCAUGUUCAGCUGUCUUGUGGUUGUGUGUGAAGACAUAGAUCAGUGGCUGUAAGAGAACAGGGUAGGUUGCCAGACAACUCAAUUUAAAAAAUGAAUUAUCUAUUCUCUGUUUUAAACACAGUUAUGUGACUCGCUGAAAGCUACCCCUGCUUGCCUACAAAGCAGUAUGUGCUCUUAAAUACCCAGCUCUGCGAGCAGCCAUGUGGGUACCGGAGGAGACGUCAGUAGCAAAACUUCCACGUUUGAUAGAAACUGUCUCCCCACCUGUUGCACCGCCAGGGUUUCUCGGGCAGGUUUUCUCUCUCUUCUAAAUGCAUGCGGGGCCUACAUUUCCCAAGGAAACACACUGAAGCGCUGUCUUAAUGUGGAUGGAAAAUGUGCCUCUGAAACUCCUGUCAAUGUGCAGACUGUCGGCUGGAUAUUGUGUCCAUUUUAAAUUAUUUAAAUAAAUAAAAACAUUGAAAUAUGAGAAGUGAAAUGAAA